GCAAUGACAAAUAAUUUCUUGCUCGCUACAAAUUCAAACCCAUUGUACUUGUAAGGUUCGGUAAUAAUAUUUUCAAAAUACUUCGACAAACCCCAAUCAUGUAUUCGCAAUUGCAGCCAUGGAACACAACUCGUGUCUCUCCAUGCAUGGAAAAAAUGUCAGGGACCCCUAAACCAACCAGGACUGGAAACUACUACCAAACACCACGGCCACUUCCAUGGAGACCCACAGUGGGCUAUGAGAAUGUUGAGGUUGUUCCUCUCCCCAGCCAGCCAGUAACAAAUGCUUUGGUUGACCCAUGUUACACACCAAACUGCAUGGCUACUGAACCACUUCGUUUCCCCAACUUGGUGACUGGCUUUGAACGUAAUCCAGCGCAUGCUGCUCGCACUGCGCUGUAUACACGUUACACACCAUAUGAGUGGAUGCAGAGUAACAUUAGUCAUUACAAUGAAGCAGACACCAAUCGCAAUUUUUCUGAGCGGCUCCGUGGUGAUGCCAUCAGGGUCAUAAGAGAGACUGAUGAGAAGACUGCAACUGGUCAGCGUGAAUCAGGCCGUCGCUUGGGUGAACGCAUUACUGAUACUACUUUCUGGCGCAAUGAAAUAUCAACAGAAUUGGAAAGAAUGCUUGCAGAGAGUAAUCUGCUCCAGGAUAAGCGAAGAGACCUAGAGAAGGCUAUCCAAGAUACUGAGGCCCCUCUGCAUAUUUCUCAAGAGUGCCUCUACCAACGUGAAAACAGGCAAGGAAUUGAUCUGGUACAUGACCAAGUAGAACAGGCUCUACUGAGUGAAGUGGAGAAUCUCCGUACCUGCCAAGAUCGUCUCAAGAACAUUCAUGAAAGAACUGUACAGCAACUGCGAAACAAUAGGGCAGCACAGCAUGAAUUGGAACGGGAUCUCAAGAGCAAGGAAUCUGCCCUUGGCAUUGACAACAUGUGCCACCAGCUCAAUAACUUCUCACGUGGAAUCAACUAUUACGGUGGCAUAGAGAAGUUUGACCCUACUGUGAAUGUGCCUGAAUCAUGGGCAGAGAACAGCAACCGCAUCAUCCAGAGGUCACAAACCGAGCGUUCAAAAUCAGCACAACUUCGAACUGACUCAGACAACCUCAUCAGUCAAAGUGCCAAUGACAUUUGGAAUGCAUGGAAUGCUACAAACAGUGCCCUGUCAAGAAGAGCUUCAGAGGUUCUGGAGACUAAGGCUAAGCUACAGAUGCACCUGCAUAAGAUCCAGCAAGAGAUAUUCGAUGUUGAGAAGCAUAUGGAACUGUUACGGAAAGCUAUCAUGGACAAGAGCAACCCCCUGAAGGUGGCACAUACUCGUCUCGAAGCACGGGCACAUCGUCGAGACGUUGAACUGUGCAGAGAUUGUGCACAAACCAGGUUGGUCAAAGAAGUGCAGGACAUUGGGGACAGCAUCGAGCACCUGCAACGAAAGCUACAGGAUGCAGAGGCACAACAUCAACAUCUGCUUAAGACACGUUCCAACCUGGAGACAGAACUCCAGAUCAAGGUCAACUCCCUCUUUAUUGACAGAGAAAAGUGCUUGGGCAUGCGUCGUAGUUUCCCUAUCAAUGCCACUAUCAAAUAUUAAAGUAAGGAACAUCUUAGGGACAUCAUUUUAUCCUCAAUGCAGCUACUGAAAUGUAGAACUUGAAUGGACAAUCUAAGUGGCUCACAUUUUCAGCUUAAACAAUUCUGAUUAAUAAAAUCAUUUUGUUAUAAUAUUUAAUAAUUCUAUACAAUGAACAAUUUAAAGCUCAUUUAAUUUGAAAUGUGUAUGUAAUCCAAAAUGUUUUAUUCUGUUUGAAAAAUGUUUGACUGCUGACAAUUUUUAUAAUUUUGAAUAACAUAACAAUAUUAUAGUACCUUUUCUGAUAUGGACAUACAGCACAAAAUUGUAAUUCAAACUCUAAUCUCAAAGUUGUGAAAUGUUUUACCCCAUUCCCAUAAGUCAGGCAGAAGUUUGGAAUGUUCAGAAUGACACAAUGUCCUAUCACUGCCAUAGAUACAGAAUGACAAUUUCUAUGGUGCUGAUAAUGGCUGGAAUUUACUGCCAAUAUAGCAUUAAAUAUGUGAUCACUGACUAAACCACACGUUACCAUUACAAAAGCUAGUGUCUGAAUUGACAUACUGUAAAGGCCGCGCCAUAGCUCAAGCGGUUAGUCUCUGGCUUCCCAUCACAGCGGCCCAGGUUUGAUCCCGGGUCUG